GCUGAAAGGGAAUAUGACGAACGGAAGGGGGCGGAGAUUUCCCGGAGUGAACGGGGAGGGGAGAGCGAGGAGGAGUGGGAGGGGAAAGUAAACCCGGUUCAGCUUCUGAUCCAGUGCAUCAGUGCCCCCUGAGAGUGGGACAGGAUCCCAGGGACUGAGGUUCUGGGCCCGGCCUCUUUCCUUGCUCUUGCUGGCUGGCCGCACGAAGUGCUCGCCAGCUGGACGCCCCCUCCCCCUCUUCUGUCUCGCUGCCACCCCCACUCCGGCUGCAGUCCAGCUCUUACAUUUCAACUAUUGGGUUUAGCUCUUGGGGACUUUUUUGUGUUUGUAUAUUUCUUCCUCUGUCUUCUUUGUUACUCCGAAAAGCCUUCCCGGCUGGAGGGAGGGACGUCCCGAUUCUCAUGGAAGGCAGCUGCCGCUAAGCACCCCCUCCUCAGCCCGGAAAGUACUCGAGGAAAAAAAAAAAUAGGCUCUCCCUACUCCCCGCUCCGACCCAUUGCCUGCUUUCUCUCCGCUGUAGCCAGCUGCUACAGCUUGGGCUUCAUUGAUGCUUAACGGAUGUGCCUGCGGCCUGGGACUGAUCUACAACAACAGGUCGUGCACAAUGCCCCCCAUCAGUUUCCAGGACCUUCCCCUCAACAUCUACAUGGUCAUCUUUGGCACAGGCAUCUUUGUCUUUGUGCUCAGCCUCAUCUUCUGUUGCUACUUUAUCAGCAAACUCAGGCACCAGGCACAGAGUGAACGGUACGGAUAUAAAGAGGUGGUACUGAAAGGUGAUGCCAAGAAGUUACAUUUAUAUGGGCAGACUUGUGCCGUCUGCCUGGAAGACUUCAAGGGGAAAGAUGAGCUUGGUGUGCUCCCUUGUCAACACGCUUUCCACAGGAAGUGUCUGGUGAAGUGGCUGGAAGUCCGUUGUGUCUGUCCCAUGUGCAAUAAACCCAUCUCUGGCCCCCCUGAGGCUACUCAGAGCAUUGGCACCCUCCUGGAUGAACUGGUCUGAAAACCGUCUUUUCUCCAGGACUCAGACACCUAAAUGCCAAGUGCCUGCCUGGUCCACUGUUAAACUGCAUGGCCUCCAGUGUGACAGGUGCCCCUUGGGGGCUGACCCUUCACCUGGAAAGUAAAGGGGCAAGCUGGUCCUUGCCCUUCCUUAAGAGGAGGCAAAGUCCAGAGUCUCCUUCUUCUCCCUUCCUCCUCGAGCACUCUUGACAUCUCCUCUGUUUCUCUACCUUGUUGGUAUCACUCAGAGUUCAGAGCUGCUGGGUUGUGAUGCCAGAUCUUCUGCUUUGUUCUUUGCUAUAGAGGAAUUAGGCAUCUUCUGAUACAAUGAAAGGUUUGGGUCUGAGCAAAAAGGACCAGGCACUAUCAGGAAAAUCAAAUCCCAUUACACUUCAGGGUGGCCAGGACUGGGCAAAUCACUUACCCCAUCCAGGCAGGCAUUUCUUAAUUAGACCCUCCUCCCUUUCCCUUGAUACGCAUAGAGAAGGAGAGCAGAAGCAAGGAAUGGGAGGAAGGGAUCAGAGGCAGUCCCUGCCAUUAGUAAUUCUUCUCCCCUCUUCCCCCACCUGCCUUCAAGUAGGUGUCUCUAUGGAAGAAGGGACAGAAGGAGUGAGGCCCGGUGGGGAGUGGGGAGUGGGGAGUAACAGGGAGUUCUGCCUGUGGCAGAGACAGUGGAGGACCAAUAGGCCACCUCCCUUCUUUUUUUUUAAAAGCUAUUGUUUACAUUGGACCUUCAGAAACAGCAGCUGGCUGGCUGAACUGACAAAGCGUGGGAGCAAGCAUCCUGCCCAGAGUUGGGAUCUGUGGUGCCACCAGUUUCUUAACUUGCCCUUUCCCAUUUCCCUUAGCUACUCCUAGCAUACAUACCCCUUCCCACCCUCCAGGGUCCUGAAGGGUUUGGGGCAUCUCCCAACAGAAGAUGCAUUCCUUACAAUCAGAGUGAUUCCCAGGGAACGGAUGAAAGUCAAGGUUUCCUGAAAGGGAAGGGGGGGGGGGGUGCCAAGGAUGGAGGAAUCUGGGAGCUGUGGUGGGACCAGAUGCCCUCCUUCCCUCUUUUGUAAAUAGUAUUUUUAUACCUUAGUCUCCUUACAGUCUCAGGCUUUGUAUAUGGGACACUGGAAGGGUGUAUGUAAAAAAAUAAAGAAAUAAAGCAAA